GAGCGCAUGAAAAAUAAUAAUUGAAUAAGGAAGGAAGGAAUGGAGUAAAAAAUGAAAGUAAGCGGGUUUUCCGGUGAAAAGGGCAAAAGCUUGAAUCAGCCACGUGUAAUGACAAAGGACCGUCAGAUAAGCAUGAGAUAGAUCGUUCUCAUUGCAAGAGAGGGAGAGAGAGAGAGAGAGAGAGAGAGAGAGAGAUGAGAUGGCGACCAUAACCAAUGAGGACAGAAGGACGCAGUUUUGGGGGAAGGAGAAGAGAGAGAGAAGGAAGUUCUGUUAUAGAGACACGAGGCAUUGCUCAGAGAACCUAAAAGCUCAGCACUGCAAAAAAAUCAGAGAGAGAGAGAGAGCGAGAAAGAAAAAAGGAGAUGGGUUGUGAAGGAAUUAAAUUUGGGUAGCAGAAGAGAGAGAUGGACUAUGGCGGCGUUGCAGAGAGAAGAGCAGCACAAGCAGCUGUAAUUCUGUGGUUUGGAAUUAAAUGAGUCUUCUCAAUUCCAACACUGUCAACUAAAAAAAGCAACCGCACCAAAGGAUACCAAGGUGGAGAGGACGGAAUUGACGCUGGUUCUGAGCUCCUCUAUCCUCCAAAAGUUGCCGAAUUACUAUUGCCUGCCUCUGGUUGGCACAGUUACCCACCACCACCACCACCACAACCACCGCCAUCAAGAACAAGAACAACAAGCAUAACUAAUCUGUAACUAUGCGGUUAUUUAGAGACCAGAUAGAGUGAGGAGAGAGAGGGAAUCACAGACAAUACACGUAUACCACAUACACACAAUACGAAGAAGUCAAUCCUAAGGACAAUUCUCUUUCCCACUGAAAACCCAAAAUUCAAGAAUUUCUGAAGAGUACCCAUUUCAUUUCUGGGUUCUAUUCACGAGUAAAAAACCCAGAUAGCUACCAUCUGAUAUGGAUUUUCUCUCACAAGUGACGAUUGGGUCAGGUUUAGAGGAGGAGCAAUGGCUGGGUUAUUCUCAUUAGGAGGUGGUGGUGGUGGUGGAGGAGGAGGUAGAGGAAGUAACCAAGAGGACCAACAUAACAACCCUCCAACUGAAAUCCCACAAGAAAGCUGGUUCUGGUACAAAAACGAAGACAUUCCUUAUAAGGGUUUUGAGCUAUGGCAACAGCAGGAAUCUCUCAGGCAACGCCACCAAAAUACUCAGCAAGAUCUUUACUCUUCUGCUGCUGGAUUAGGGGUAGGCCCCAGCAGGAGCUCAAUCAACGUCUCUGACGAGUCUUCGUCGAGAUCAGCCUUUAUGAUGAUGAGGUCCAGCAGUGGAGGAGGAAACAUCAGCUGCCAGGAUUGUGGCAACCAAGCAAAGAAAGAUUGUGUACACAUGCGGUGCAGGACAUGUUGCAAGAGCCGAGGAUUCGACUGCCAAACCCAUGUCAAAAGCACAUGGGUUCCUGCUUCUAAACGCCGAGAGAGGCAACAACAGUUUGCUGCCUUGCAGCAGCAACAACAACAACAGCAACUUCAACGCUGCGGAGAGAAUCCCAAAAGACUUAGAGAGAAUCCCUCUUCCUCUCUUGCGUGCACUCGCUUACCCACCAACGCCUCAGGGUUAGAAGUGGGAAAUUUCCCUGCAGAAGUUAGCUCUCCCGCUGUUUUUCGCUGCGUAAGAGUGAGUGCCAUUGACGAAAAUGACGAUCAAUGCGCUUAUCAAACGGCUGUCAACAUUGGAGGCCAUUUGUUCAAGGGUAUUCUCUAUGAUCAUGGCCCUGAAAGCACCUAUAUGCCAGCUACUGAAACCUCCUCCGGUGGAGCUAGUGGUGAAGUUCAACCGCUUAACUUAAUUAGAGCUGGUAGUACCACCGCAUCUACUGCAAUCUCGCCCACCGGUGCCGGUGGAGGCGUAAUGUCUGCUUCAACAAGUGCAGCAGCAGCAGCAGCAGCAUUUAUGGAUCCAUCCUCUCUCUACCCAAUUCCGCUCAAUAGUUUCAUUGCUGACCACCGCCCGGAAAGCCGAGUUGGCCGCCAUCUCCGCUGCUGUGGAUGAACCUGAGGUUACCACCUCCAAUGAUGUCCAGAAUAAUGAACCCAGUAACAAAAAAGAUCAACCUGUU